CGAGAUCCACUUCGAGUUUCGAGUUCAAGAAGUUCUCCAGUAAUCAAAAACCCUCUCAAGAUGUUCAAGCUGUUCGUUUUCCUCACCUUUUGCCUGGCUUUGAGCUGUGCCGCUCCUGGUCUGCUGCACUCGUCGCCCAUCCUGACCCACUCGUACCACAGUCUGCCCUCGGUGCGUGUGAUCCAGCCCAUCUACAGCUCCUACUCCUCGCACGGCUACGGCGGCUAUGGACAUGGCCAUGGCAUUGGCCAUGGAUAUGGUCAUGGGUAUGGCUGGAUCUAGAGGAGCCAUCUCACAAAGAGGCGUCCUCUUGGCAGCCGACAGAGCACCUGUCGCCCGAAGGAAGCUACUCCUCG